AUGCCGAGCAUUGAUCCGGAUUUCAUGGUACAUCGCCUGAACAUGAACGAGGAUGUAAGGCCGGUAAAGCAAAAGAAGCGAAACUUCUCAGCAGAAAAGAACACAGCUAUUAAGGUGGAAGUAGACAAGCUGCUGGCGGCAGACUUUAUUGAACCCUGCGACUACCCGGAGUGGUUGGCGAAUGUAGUAAUGGUGAAAAAAUCCAAUGGGACAUGGCGUAUGUGUGUAGACUUUACCGACCUCAACAAAGCAUGCCCAAAGGACUGCUACCCGUUGCCAAGGAUUGACCAGCUGGUAGACUCAACUAGCGGCCAUGCACUAUUAAGCUUUAUGGAUGCUUUCUCAGGGUACCACCAGAUAAGUUUGCUUGAGUCCGACAGGAAUAAAGCGGCCUUCAUCACAGACGCAGGAGUUUACGCCUACAAAGCAAUGCCGUUUGGGCUCAAAAAUGCCGGUGCUACCUAUCAAAAGCUGGUAGACAAGAUCUUCGAACACCAAAAAGGCAGAAACGUAGAAGUAUAUGUGGACGACAGUAUAGUUAAGAGCUUAACUGAAGAGGACCACAUAGUUGACCUAGAGGAAACAUUUGAAACAGUCCGGCAGCACCAAAUGAAGUUAAAUCCGAAGAAAUGCGUGUUUGGAGUACGAUCCGGUAAGUUCCUAGGCUUCAUGGUGAGCGAAAGGGGGAUAGAUGCCAACUCGGACAAAAUCAAAGCCAUCAGUGACCUCCCGGAGCCAAAGAGCAUCCGGAACAUUCAAAAGCUGACUGGGAGGAUGGCGGCCCUAACAAGAUUCGUUUCCAAAUUAGCAGAGAAGGCCUUGCCAUUCUUUAAAAUACUCCGAGGAAACAAGAAGUUUGAAUGGGGAGAAGAGCAGAAGCAAGCCUUCGAAAAGGUAAAAGAGCACUUCCAACGACUGCCCACCAUAACCCGGCCAGAGUUGGGGGAAAAACUGCAGCUAUAUGUGUCGGUAACCGAGAAGACGGUCGCGGCGGUAUUGCUGGUAAAUCGGCAGGGGCAGCAAAGCCCCAUAUACUUUGUCAGUCACGUGCUUGCCGGUGCGGAGCAGAGGUAUGAACUGCUGGAAAAGAUGGCCUAUGCCGUCUUGAUUGCAGCAAGAAAGCUGAGACCAUACUUUGACUCCCACACUGUCCAAGUCCUCACAAAUCAGCCUUUGGAAAAAGCCCUUCAUAAACUAGACACCACAGGGAGACUAUUGAAGUGGGCAAUUGAGCUGUCGGAGUUCGACAUAGAAUACCGGCCGCGUACCGCAAUCAAAGCCCAAGCUUUAGCAGACUUCAUAGUGGAGACAAUCUACUCUGAACCAGCAGAAUCCACCGGCAGGUGGAAAAUCGAGGUAGAUGGAUCAGCAACCCAGAGUGGAGCCGGAGCCGGAGUGGUUAUGACAUCCCCAGAAGGGGAAAUCUUUGAGCAUGCCAUCCGCUUUGGGUUUAAGGCCUCCAACAAUGAAGCUGAGUACGAAGCAGCCCUGGCCGGACUAAGUCUGAGCAUUGCGGCUGGAGCAAGAAACGUCAUUAUGAUAACGGACUCACAAUUAAUCUCAAGCCAAAUUAAGGGGACGUAUGAGGCCCGAGAACCGGUAAUGCAGAAAUACCUACAUCUGGUAAAGAACAUGGUAAAGGGAUUGCAAAGCUUCGAAGUACAAUUGGUCCCAAGAGCAGAAAACAUGGCGGCAGACGCCCUACCAAAACUGGCGAGUUCCAGUCUAAGCGACAAGAAAAGGAACGUCAGGGUGGAGACAUUGGUAGAAAGAAGUAUCGAAGUUGUCCCAGCGUCCUUUAAUACAAUCACUACCGAACCAGAAUGGUAUGAGGGUAUACUGGCAUAUAAGCUCAAAGGAGAGCUCCCGGAAGAUAAGAUGACGGCGCAAAAACUGAGAAGAGAUUCUGUUUGGUAUUGCAGCUUUCAAAGACAGUUGUACAAGAAAGGGUUCUCACUACCUCUACUAAGCUGCGUCACGGCCAACGAAGCGACAAAAAUAAUUGAGGAAAUUCAUGAAGGAAUAUGCGGGAACCAUAUCGGUGGUAAAGCGUUAGCACUGAAAGCGCUGCGAGCAGGAUUUUACUGGCCUACAAUGCUGACGGAUGCUCAAACCUACGUGAAAAAGUGUGAUAAGUGUCAAAGGUUCGCACCAGUGAUAAACCAGCCGGCCAAUGAUCUCCAGCCGAUUUUAAAUCCAAUCCCUUUCGCGCAGUGGAGGAUGGACAUUAUAGGGCCCUUUACGCCGGCCUUCGGGGGAAGAAAAUUCUUAAUUGUGGGUAUUGACUACUUCACGAAAUGGAUAGAGGCAGAGCCGACGGCAAAAAUAACGGCUAAUCAGAAAAGGUUGGAUGAACUGAAGGGAGCAUGGGCCGACAGGGUACCAGCAGUGCUGUGGUCCAACAGGACCACCGAAAAGGAAGCCACCGGAGAGACACCGUUCAGGCUAGCUUUCGGGGCGGAGGCGGUACUCCCGGUAGAAGUGGGACUACCCAACUGGCGGAUCCUGAACUAUGAGCCCGUUUUGAAUGAGCAAAUACACAAGAAGGACUUAGACCUCUUGCAAGAGGUCAGAGUGGCUGCAGAGCUGAGGUCGGCAGCGUACAAAGACCGGAUAAGCAAGGCCUACAAUAAAAGAGUGCGAAGCCGUCCUAUCUCCAAAGGAGACCUUGUCCUCAGGCGGACGGCAGCAACGGGAAAAGCCCACGUGGACGGAAAGCUUACGGCCAAUUGGGAAGGACCUUACUUGGUCAAAGAAGAAAUAGUACCAGGGUCAUAUCAGCUCGAAGACAUGGCAGGCAAGCUGUUGAAAAAUAGUUGGAACGCCAGUGUCCUUAAGAAGGCUACGUUGUGUCAAAAUUUCAGCUCAUUCCGAGUUGUAACGAAGCCGCAGCGAUCGCAAACUUUUGACAAAAAUUCCAGGCAGAUUGUUAUGGGGUCCGAUAUGGAAAAGUUGGAUGCUUUGCUUCAAAGGCUUGAAAAGAACGAGGCUAGGAGUGAUAACUAUGCCAAACACAUACUCCAACUUCAUGGGGAGAUUGAAAAACUCAGUUGGAGAAGGGAGAACGCCAAGGCAGGAGUGAAUUGA